ACAUGAUUAGUUGUUCCUGGAAUUUCCUAUGGCAACAUUGCUUUGAAGUAGCAGAACAGAAAUUUCUAGAAACUAGAAAGCUUUCCACAUUCAGAUUAUUCACGGAGUGCCAGCUAGACUGUCUUUCUUUAGUGUUCUGAAUCUUCUGCUAAAACAAUGCCACGUCAAGGAAGAUCACGUGCCCCUGCCAGGGCAUCACCUCCACCAACUCGUGCUGCUGCUCCUGCUCCUAGGGCUGCACCUCCUCCAAGUGUCCCAGCUCAUGCUCCACAAUCCCAUGCCCCAGCUCCUAUGCAGCAAAUGCCACAGCAGCCAUCAAUGUUUGCCCAGAUGGCAGCCACAGCUGGAGGAGUUGCUGUUGGUUCUGCCAUUGGACAUGUAGCAGGCCAUGCACUCACUGGCAUGUUCAGUGGAGGGUCAUCUUCUGAAGCAGCUGCUGCACAGCCCGCUCAGCAACAAGCUGCUGCACCUCAGUAUGGAGCUGCUCAGCCACAAGAGCCAACUGGCCCUUGUGCUUGGGAAAUCAAGCAGUUUCUUGCAUGCUCCCAAAAUCAGAGUGAUUUGACUCUGUGUGAAGGAUUCAAUGAGGCUUUGAGACAGUGCAGACAGAGCCAAAGCACCUACAUGUAAAAAAGAAAACAACACAGCCUGUGGGCAUUAGGAUGGAUUAGAAGUGACAUCAACAUAAAAUUGACCUAGUGUAGAUCAUCUUACCGAUCUCUGGAUAGGAAUACAAUUUAUUGGUUUCAAUAUAAAAA